AUGGCGCAAGAAUUCGGCACCGAAACCCAGCCCCAGUCUGCAAAGCGGAUGUAUAACGCUCGUGCCGCAAACUACGAGGACUCGUGGCACCCAGACUACUCCCAGCGCUUUAUGGCCCUCGUUCCGUUAAGCCCAGGCAACCGAGUCCUUGACCUCUGCUGCGGCACGGGCCUAGAGGCUUUCAUAGCCGCGGAGACAGUAGGCGAACAGGGCGAGAUCGUCGGGGUGGACGUCUCGAGCGGGAUGCUGGAGCAGCUGCGCGAGAGACAAAAGCGGGAGCUGGGGCUGGGACAGCGGAUCAGGACCUUCCACCACGACGUGACGGACCUGGGCGGGGUGCCCGAGAUCGAGAGGGGCAGCUUCGACGCCAUCCUGUGCUCGUGCGCGUUCGUCCUGUUCGAGGACCCGGCGGCCGUCGUGGCGCACUGGAAGGAGUACCUGAGGCCGGGCGGCCUGGUGGGCAUCGACGUUACGCACGAGUGGAACCUGCGCCCGGCGAUGGUCCUGGAGAAGGUCGCGAGGAGGAUGGGCGUGAAGUUCCCGUCUAACCGCUUGUGGAUACAGUCGAUCGAGUCCUUCAGGGAGAUCCUGGAGGGGCAGGGGCUUGUUGUUGAGAAGGCCGUUCCGCUGGAGAGGGUCUCUGGAAAAGGGUCAGUGUUCUAUGGGGUCGACGAGGCGGAUAGCCAGUACGAGUAUAUUGUGAACGGCAGCCUGACGCAGCAUGCCGUCUCGGAGUCCUUCAAGGUCCAGGCGAAACCGCUGUUCAGGGAGGAGUGGGAAAGGAUUGCGGUGGAUGGGAAGGUUGGGAGCGUAGACAUGAGCUACGUGUACGUUGCACGGAAGCCAUGA